AUGGGCGGCGCCGGCAGCGCUGUCAGCGCUGGCGGCAUGAGCGGCUGCUGCAGCCAGGUGGAAGAUCUAGAUGAGGAGGGCCCCUACUCAGAUGAUGAUGAUGAUGACGAGGACGAUGACGACCCCCGCUACAGCUUGCGCCGCAUCCCGGCCCCAAGGGACCCCGACCACUACAAGUGCAUGGUCUAUGCCAGGGCCAUCAUCAACGCCAAGCUCUGGGCGGCGCAGGCCUGA